AUGAGCUCUUCUGCUUCACCACCCUCUGUGUCUGUCGCACCUCCGACAUCAACACCCCAUGCAGCAGAUGGAUCCGCCGCGUCGUCGGCUCGCGACCCGUCCGCCAACUCGCCACCUUCCACCGAGAUGCCUAUGAUGCACGAUCUCGUACAGCAUACCACCGGUGUCAAUGCCGCACUGCUCACUGAUCUCCUGACGACAAUGGCGCUGGACUCCGACAAGAAGGGCGAUCGCAAUUCCGGCGAAAGUGAAGUGGGAGCGGAAGAACACGCGCCGCGCAACAUACUCGAUCUCCCACUGGAGAUUCUCAACAAGAUCAUCAGCCUCAUCAUUCCUCGCUUCCUGCACCUCAUCAUUCACAGCUAUGGCGACGAUAAGAGUGAUCUGCAAUGCACCGUCGAAGUAUCUCCGCAGGGUAUCUCUUCUUUGAAGGUCUCCUAUGAUGAAUCUUGGGCCGAUGUCCAGGCUCUGUUCAAGUUGAACUCCGCCUUUCACAAACUGGUCACCAAGCAGCUUGACUUCGACGCUCAACGAGCAGCAUCAAAUUUGGUGGUGACCUUACGAGACAAUCUUGACCCCGCAGGGCCAAUAUCACUUGGGAACCCUAAGCCUACCUGCCUGGUUGUGAGCGACAAGUUUCUCGAUCGAUUCAUUUUCAUUCGAUUCGAUGUACCAUUGUGCCUCUACUGCGAACGCGGAGGCCUGCGUAUGGUGCCGGAGACAGUCCACCGACUUGCUUGUUAUUACCAGAGGAACCCGCAUGAAGAUUGGCAGUUUUGCGGCCUGGGGACAAUGCAAUGGGCCAGGCGGGCCUCAAAUGGAUGGGUCGUUGCAGGAGACACGCUUGAGGCUGAAGCAUUCGACAAUGACAUGAUGCAAUUCGAUCCGCACGUUUGGAAGCGCGUAGUACACAGCACACUACCAGUCAUCGAAGGAAUCUCGGCCAACAUCAUCUUUGAAUCUGGCCCGGCACGGGACUUGCUCAAAAUGCAAGGCGUCUUUUACAGGAUGACGCGGGCUAUUCAGGAGUUGGAAGACACCGUACGCGCUCCUGGCGAAGAUUCCUGGCGGGCCAUGGGGCUCUCUUCGGCGAUCGCGCGCGACCUCAUUUGCCCGUUCGAGCCAUGUUUUGAACUGUUGAAGUGUUAA